CGAGCCUGCGUCCCUGCGUCUUUCUCUCUCUCUCUCUCUCUCUCUCUCUCUCUCUGUCUCAUGCUUUCAAGGUCAUGGACAUCGAUCUAUCUUUGAAGCUAGACGCUGAAGAAGAAGGCGAAAGAUCAACCGAAGAUCGUUGCGAAGUGCAAGUGGCUGAUCAUCACGAUGAUCAGGAACGCGUGGGAAGUCCAGAAGAAGCUGAGGGUGUGGUGACAACUGCUUCAGGUGAAGAACAAGAACGACGAGAAGAAGAAGACCGCGAUGGUGAUGAAGAACAUGGAUCGGCUGAUUUAUCAUUACAAGAUAGUAUGAAAACGGAAGAGUUAUGCGUUUUAAAGAAGGAGAUGGAUCGGAUGAAAGAAGAAAACAAGGCAUUGAGGAGGGUGGUGGAGCAAACAAUGAAGGAAUACAAUGAUCUCCAGCUCAAAUUCGACGAUGUUCAUCAAUCCAACCAAUCAAAGGAUCCUUCAACCUUUCUUUCGCUCUACACAAAUGGAAAACCCGAUCACGAACCAAAAUCUAUGUCCAACCCCAAAGAGAACUCUCCGUCGCCAUCCCCAAAAAACGACGCCCUCAGGGAGAGCGAUCUAGGGUUGUCACUGGGGUUGCAAAUUGGCGCCAACCCACAAGGAAUACAAGUGCAUAAAGAAGAUGGCAUCCGCAAGGACCAAAAUCACACAAAUUUCCCGUUGAUACACGACAAGAUCCAAAGGAACGACCAAUUUGCAGGCGUAACAAGUCAUGUCGCCUCCAUGCCCAACAGGAAAUCCCGAGUCACAGUUCGAGCGAGAUGCGAAGCAGCUACGUUGAGCGAUGGUUGUCAAUGGCGAAAGUACGGUCAGAAAAUUGCGAAAGGGAAUCCAUGUCCUCGAGCAUAUUACCGGUGCACCGUGGCACCGGGAUGUCCAGUGAGAAAACAGGUGCAAAGAUGCUUGGAGGACAUGUCCAUCUUGAUAACAACCUAUGAAGGAACACACAACCAUCCCCUCCCAGUGGGUGCAACAGCCAUGGCCUCAACAGCCUCCAAUGCAGCCUCUUUUGUAUUACUUGAUUCAAGCAUGAAUCCUCUCUCGUCGAAUGGAUCUAUGUCUUCAAAUUUCGUCAACGCGCAACCGUCAUCGCUUCCUAUCACAUCGCAAACUCCAGCGCUCCCUCUCAAUUUCCAAGAGCGCGAAGCUUCAACCCUAGCAACGACCCUCUAA